AUCUAUGUUUCUGUGAUAAAUUUGAUUAGCUGAAAGUCUAAAUUUACUAAACUGCUAAUAAACAAUCAUAGCAAUAGAAUUAAUAUGAUAGAUUUGCUUUAAAAAAUCGAUUAUACCGCAAUCGAAGGACCUCAUCAAUUGUUGUCAUUAAAACUAUCCAUAGUUCUGCCCUAAUCGAAAAUAUCGCGGGAAACGAAAAUGGCGUCUACAUCUUCUCUCGAUACAAUGUAUCUGGAUAAUUUAGAUGAAUAUAUCAAUGAUGAAAACAAAGUUGUGACCUACCGUUGGUUAAGCAUUACCUUGCAAGUACAUGUGAACCUAGCUAAACAGAUGUUAUUCAACUUUGUGAAGCAACAGAGAAGUGAAAAGGAUUCUGAUUGCCUUCAUGUCACCUAUUUUGUGGCAGGAAUAACGGAUAAAAGGAAGGAUGGAACCAAAGUGGUCUUUUGUAGUGUGGUUCCUGAAGAAAAACUGGAAACUGUUAAAAGCUCUCUUCAACAAUUACACAGUUGUCAUAUAUAUAGUGUUCAAAAGUCCAAAUUAAAGGAUUCCAGUGUGCUAUAUAUUACAGAUUACCAGGAAAUGAAAGAAAAUGAGAUUGAAUCAUCCAGGUAUAGUGCAGUUAAGUAUGAUGCAGCACAAAAGAUAGAGAGGAAAGUUAAAACUGAGGAUGCUCAACCUAAUUCUCCUUUAAAGACAUCUAAUGAAACGUCCAUUAAAACAAAUAGAGACAACAAUAAUAAUAACAACAACAACAAUAACAGCAGCACUAACAAUUCCAAGAAUUCAGUUACAAAAUCAGUAAUUGCUGGAAUGUUUGCUCAAUGCAAUAAGAAUAAUAUUUCCAAACAAGCAUCUACAGAUCAGAGUAGUAAUAAUUCUGAACCGAAGAAGGAACAGGCAGCUAAAAAGGUUUCAAAGAAACCAACUGGUGUGCUCUCUUUCUUUUCUUCUGCAGGAAAAUCGGAGAGCAUUGAGAUCAAAUCAGAAAAUACAGAACCAUCUAGAAAUACUUCUAAUAAUAAGCAGAAUGAAGUCAAAAAAUCUCUUCAAGAAUCUGAUUCAGAAGAUGAUAUGUUCCAAGAAAAGAAGCGGCGCCGCAUUGUCCGAAAUAUCAGUAGUGACGAAGAAGAUAUGUUCCAAAAAAAGAAGCGGCACCGCAUAGUCCCAAAUAGCAGUAGUGAGGAAGAAAUGGAAUCAGAGGAACCACUUCCAAGUCCACCCAGUCCAGAGAUGAUGCCCACUGAUGCUGAUAUUAAGGAUGACACAAUGGAAGGAAGUUCAGCUGCUGUAGAAAAUGGCUGUGAGCAAAACACUGAAGAAACAGCAGUAAGAGAAACAGAAUCUAGAGUUGUUGUUAAUAAAGAUGGAAAACGAAGGAAACGGAUAAAAAGACAGAAAAAUAAGACUUUUAUAGAUGAUGAAGGUUUUAUGGUUACAAAGAAAGUUAUGGUCAGUGACUCAACUGAUGUCUCUGACGAGGAAACAGAAAAAAACUCUAAACCACCAACAACAGCUGCACCUGUUGUACUGUCAGCUGCUCAGCUCAAGAAACCUGCCUCGAAAACAAGUGUUCCUGACAAAGGACAGAAGAAGCAGUCAUCCUUGAUGUCAUUUUUUAACAAAAAAUAAAUACAUUGUUCAGGAUUUUACUCUUAAUAUUUUCCUUGAUAUCUUCACUGGCCCUCUGACUAAUUCAGCAGUUUUGUUGUCUUAUGACCCCUGUAUAAAACAGUUCAUAAAUUAAGAAAACUUGUGCAGCUGAAAUGGAGAUAUCAAAGAAUAUUGUGAACAUUAUUUUUGACUGAAUUUUAUUAAAUUUUUCUCUUUUGAUUAUUUUUCAUGGCAUUUCUAAAAACAUUUUCCAGUUAUGGCUUAGUGAAAUCAAUGAAGCUAUUGUUUUAUUCUCUGUUCAUUUUCGAUUUUAUGAGGAGGUUACCUUGUUUACAAGACAUUGCAGUGUAGUUGGUAGCUGAAUAGUUACAAUUGUUAGCAUUUAUUUGUGUUCUCAAGAAUAUUUUUUCAUUAUGAACUCAAUCCAAGGUUGGAGUUCUUGGACAUUGGAAUAAACUCCAGGAUUUCUCGGCUGGCCACAACCAUUUCCCCAAGAGGUCACUCCAGUGAGUGUAUAGACUCCUGUGAAAAGAAUUAGGAAUUAAAAAUAUAGAUCACAUAAAUAUUGGUUUCAAAUUUUGGCACCAUGUUGGAAGAUGCAAAUUUAUAACCAGUGAACAAAACUCACAUUACUUUAUCUACUUGGAAAACAGAAGUGAACAUGUAUGCAUAGGCAUAUGUAUGGUUAACAAAAAUUUUAAACCGACCAAGUGUAACUUACCAUCUUUAUUACAGACCAGAGGACCACCGCUAUCUCCUUGGCAGCUAUCAGGACCGCCUUCUAUGUAGCCUGCACAUAUCAUACGUGGAGUAAUACUGUUCUUGUACAAUGAUUUACAUAGUUUUGCUUUAAUUAAUGGAACAGUAGCUGCCUUAAGAAUUGAUGGAUAUGCUGUUGAUAAAAGACGUAUACUUUGUAAAGACACAACAAAGUAAUCAUAAAGUAAACAUAAAUAUAAAUGAUUUAAUAUAUGCACACGGACAAUAUUUACAAAGUAAUGGAUAUACCUGACUGAUUCAGCCUCUGCAUAUUGCAAAUGUUCAUUUUACAGAUGCCAGAAGGAUUAAAAGUAAAGUUGAUACUGAAGGGAUUUAAGCUCAGAAUGUAGUAAACUAAGUACUGAAAAUCAUUUAGCCUAGCACUCUCUUCCUUCUGUAACAUUUUAUUUGCAAUUAUGAAAUUUUCAAUAAACAAGAACUAAAUACAUCUAGCAAUAAACAAACUGGUGACAUCAACAAUAAACUGAUCAAUAAAGGGUUUUCAAAGCCCAUUAUUAAGAAGC